GUCCUCCAGCUGAUGAGCGGUGGCUCUGAUAAAGGUCUCGUUACCCUCGCAGACGUGGACUCGUCCUCAUUUCUGCUGAUCAUUGAUCUCUGAUAGUCUUAUCAGCCUCAUAUAAAGCGUGUCCAGCUCUGGCUCACUGCUAGACGUUCAGCUAAAGCCUGAAGAUGAUGCCAGUGACCCAGCGUCUGCUCGUGCUGACCGCUCUGCUGUCUCUGCUGCUGCUGGACUUACAGGUCCAGACGGCACCCAUAGACACUGACUGGGCGACCGGACUGAUCCAUCGGGCCAAGCGCUCGUUACUAUGGCGAUGGAACACUCUGAAGCCCGUGGGUUCUGGAUGCAGAGAUCAUUAUGAGUGCGGAACCAACUACUGCAGGAAACACACGUGCUCCUUCAAUAAAGCUCAACAGGCCUGACUGAGGAUGAAUGAUGAGGGCACCAAAUCAAAUGAUGGAAAACAAAAUGGCUAAAAUUGUGCAUCCCUUUGAUUUCUCAAACAUCAUGACCUACAUCAAUCUGACAGAACAUCUAAAGACGGCAGAAGACUUUCAGAUCUACAUCAAUCUCAAGACUGUAUUCAGGUGAAUCUCACCAAGAAUUGUCCAGGUCAUGUUAACCUCCAAAAUCAGAACGGUUUUAAUUUAUUUGAUUUUGG